AUGCACCGCUUAAGGACUACAGUCGCGAGGCUUCGGCCUUUAGCUGCUGCGCAGACAGCCCAGAGCCUGGCGCAGUCACGACUGUCGCCGCUCGAAGGAGGCCUAAGGACGCUUGAGCCUGUGAGGUGCCUGAACGCGUCCGUCGCAGCGGAACCGUUUCUCAAUGGAACCAGUUCCAACUAUGUGGAGGAGAUGUACUAUGCGUGGCUGGAGGAUCCCAAGACUGUGCACAAGUCUUGGGAUAUUUUUUUCCGGAACGCAAAUGCUGGCGUGCCGCCUGGUGCAGCCUACCAAAGCCCUCCGCUGCUCAGUGCGCCUUCUGACGGGGUGAGCGGCGUCCAGGCUCUGCUGGGAGCUCAGCCCAAUGUGGAGAAACUGGUGAAGGACCACCUAGCGGUGCAGUCGCUGAUUAGAGCCUAUCAGUUACGAGGCCAUCACAUAGCGAAGCUGGACCCCCUGGGUAUCAGCUGUGUGGACUUCGAUGAUGCUCCGUGUUCUGUUGGUUUUCAGAAUGUUGGUUUGUACGGGCUGACUGAAAGCGACCUGGACAAGGUGUUCCGGCUGCCCACCACCACUUUUAUUGGUGGCAACGAGAGCGCUCUACCACUCAGAGAGAUUAUUCGCCGCCUCGAGAUGGCCUACUGUCAGCACAUUGGGGUGGAGUUCAUGUUCAUAAAUGACAUGGAGCAGUGCCAGUGGAUCCGCCAGAAGUUUGAAACACCAGGAAUCAUGGAGUUUUCUUUGGAUCAAAAGAGGACCUUACUGGGUAGAAUGAUCCGCUCCACCAGGUUCGAGGAGUUCCUCCAGCGCAAGUGGUCUUCAGAAAAACGUUUUGGUUUGGAAGGCUGCGAGUCGCUCAUCCCGGCCCUUAAGACCAUCAUCGACAGGUCCAGUCAGUGCGGAGUGGAGAGCGUGAUCCUGGGAAUGCCUCACAGAGGCAGGCUGAACGUGCUGGCCAAUGUUAUCCGGAAAGAUUUGGACCAAAUCUUCUGUCAGUUCGACUCCAAGUUGGAAGCUGCUGAUGAGGGCUCAGGAGAUGUGAAAUAUCAUUUAGGCAUGUACCACAAGAGGAUGAACCGAGUCAGCGACAGGUACAUCAGCAUGUCACUCAUGGCCAACCCGUCCCACCUGGAGGCUGUGGACCCAGUGGUGCAGGGGAAGACCAAAGCAGAGCAGUUUUACUCUGGAGACACCGAGGGCAAGAGGGUGAUGUCUAUUCUGCUCCAUGGAGAUGCUGCGUUUGCAGGCCAGGGAAUUGUGUACGAGACAUUCCACCUGUCCGACCUGCCAUCCUACACCACACAUGGCACCAUCCACGUGGUGGUCAACAACCAGAUCGGAUUCACCACAGAUCCCAGGAUGGCCCGCUCUUCUCCGUACCCAACAGACGUGGCCCGAGUGGUGAACGCGCCUAUUUUCCACGUCAAUGCAGACGACCCGGAGGCCGUGAUGUUUGUGUGCAACGUAGCAGCAGAGUGGAGGAACACGUUCCAUAAAGACGUUGUUGUAGACCUGGUUUGUUACAGACGUAACGGCCACAACGAGAUGGAUGAGCCCAUGUUCACCCAGCCGCUGAUGUACAAGCAGAUAAAGAAGCAGAAAGGAGUCUUGCAGACGUUUGCAGAAAAACUCAUUGCUGAAGGAGUCAUCACAACACAACACUACGAGGAGGAAGUAGCUCGAUAUGACAAAAUCUGUGAGGACGCUUAUGCUCACUCCAAAGAUGAGAAGAUCCUGCACAUCAAACACUGGCUGGACUCUCCUUGGCCAGGUUUUUUCACCCUGGAUGGUCAACCUAAAACUAUGAGCUGCCCUUCCACUGGCAUCCGUGAAGAUGAGCUCUGUCACAUUGGAAAUAUCGCAGCCUCUGUUCCCGUGGAAAGUUUCACAAUACAUGGAGGGUUGAGUCGUAUCCUGAAGGGACGCGCAAAUAUGGUGAGCCAGCGAGUGUGUGACUGGGCCCUGGGCGAGUACAUGGCCUUCGGCUCUCUGCUCAAAGAGGGCAUCCAUGUGCGUCUCAGCGGACAAGAUGUGGAGAGGGGGACGUUCAGCCAUCGCCAUCACGUUCUCCACGACCAGAAUGUUGAUAAAAGGAUCUGCAUCCCGAUGAACUACAUCUCCCCUGAUCAGGCUCCUUACACCGUCUGCAACAGCUCUUUGUCUGAGUACGGGGUCCUGGGUUUCGAGCUCGGCUUUGCCAUGGCCAGCCCCAACGCUCUGGUUCUGUGGGAGGCCCAGUUCGGAGACUUUCACAAUACGGCUCAGUGCAUUAUCGACCAGUUCAUCAGCUCAGGACAGGCCAAGUGGGUCAGACAGAACGGCAUCGUGCUGCUGCUUCCUCAUGGCAUGGAGGGGAUGGGCCCAGAACACUCGUCAGCCCGUCCUGAGAGGUUCUUACAGAUGUGCAAUGACGACCCAGAUGUUUUGCCUAAACUGUCAGGGGACUUUGCGGUGCAUCAGCUCCAUGAUUGUAACUGGAUCGUGGCCAACUGCUCCACUCCUGCCAACUACUUCCACGUUCUCCGCCGACAGAUCCUACUGCCCUUCAGGAAGCCUCUCAUUGUCUUUACUCCAAAGUCACUGUUGCGCCACCCAGAGGCCAAAUCAAGCUUUGAUGACAUGCUGCCUGGCACCCACUUCCAGCGCCUCAUCCCGGAGGAGGGGCCUGCUGCCGCCAGCCCUCAGGAAGUGAAGAGGGUGAUUUUCUGCACAGGCAAGAUCUACUACGAACUCAUCCGAGAACGCAAGAGCAGAGGCAUGGAUGAUGCUGUUGCUAUUGUUCGCAUCGAACAGCUCUCACCGUUCCCCUUUGACCUGGUGAAAGCGGAGACUGAUCGCUACCAGAAUGCUGACCUGGUUUGGUGUCAGGAGGAGCAUAAGAACCAGGGUUACUAUGACUACGUGAAGCCCCGCCUUCGCACAACAAUAAGUCGCACUCGUCCCAUCUGGUAUGCGGGUCGUGACCCUGCAGCAGCUCCAGCGACCGGAAACAAGCACACUCACCUGAUGGAGCUUCAGCGUUUGCUGGGCGCAGCGUUCGAUCUGGACAGCUGUCCAGGGAAACUCUAACAUCCAGUCUUCCAUGGACCCGCCUGCUGGGCCUCAGGGUCCCGAUACGGCUCAGACUUUACUGACUGUCAACACUGUUACCAUGAAGGCGUUGUGUUCACAGUGAGGGACAGCACAUAGAAAACCACACGAUUACCUUGCACUGAAUGAAUGUUCAAGACAAGUUUUAAUUUGCUUCUAUUUUACUGUUCUACUGAUAAUUUUUUAUUUUUUUGGCCAAAUAUUCACUGGUAUACAAAAUAACUACUACACUACAACCACUACUAUAUCAAUCACCAGUUAAGGAAUAUUUAAAUAUUAAAGGAAAGUUGGGGGGGAGGGGGGCUCAGAAAUGCAGAUAGCUAGUCUGGAAACUAGUACCAACCAAUAAAUAUCUAAAUUCUUUCACUGAGGUUGUGAUGAAAAAAAAAUAGAUGGAAAAAAAAUAACUAUACACGUCACAUUUUAGAAGCUAGUCAGAGGUAACUUAUUUAAACCUAUUUUGUUUGAGAAUUAGCUAGCAUGGCCCGGCCUGUGGUAUGAAGGUGCCAUGAUUAGAGCACCAUUAUAUCUGUCCUGUUCUCCCUGAGGUUUAAGUCUUUUAAUGAAGAUUGUCCAGCUAUCUGAAGCAUAACCAUAUGCCCCCUCCCCCCC